AUGUCGGAUUUCUUUCGCGCUUUCAACCGCAUGAUUGGGCAAAAGCAGCGGGCCACCAUGGCCUACCGGCCGCAGGCCAAUGGAACUGCGGAAAGGAUGGUACAGACGAUCACCCGAGCUAUCAAGAUGUAUGUGUCGAAGGUGGACCAGAAAGAUUGGGAUGCAUAUGCGGAACGGCUCACAUUUGCGCUGAACACGGCGCAUGGACCGGGUCCGAAAAGAGACUCCGUUCUACCUGGUGCACGGUUGGGACGCACGAAGCACGUUGGAGGCCACUAUACCGCUGGGUAG